AGAGAGAGGGAGAGGAUGCAAACAAUAGAGAAUCAAAGCAUAAUAAUAUUCCUAAAUGAAGAGGGAAACACUGCGCCGCUCAUUUUAUUAAUCAGACUGUCAAUUUCCCCCCAGAGGCCAAACCCAAGAGCAAUCUGAAACAGACUCAGAGAUCAAGCCAGGGACGCGCACCUCGCUCCUCACUCCUCUCCUCCUCUCCUCUUGGAUAUUAUUCGUCUGACCGAAGGCCGCCUCCAUCAUCAAGUGACAGCCCUCUCCUAUUUAUUUGCUUAUAAACCUGUUACAAUAAAUGAUCAUUGGAGAGACGUCAGCGCCGCAUUCUAACAACGAAACAAGCACUUUUUGAUGAAUGACACUUGGCUACUGAGGGGAGGAUGCGCGGCUCGUUUUGAUGCUCCUCGAUUGCGUUAUUUCAUCUUUUCUGUGCGUCUUGCUUAUAAAAAGCUUUAGAGACACUUAUUCAGGCAGUUGCAUGCGGAUUUAGCUCUGACGCAACACAUCCGUGCGCCACUUUUUCUUUUUCAUUUUCUUUCGCCCUCUUCUUCUCUCGCGUUUGCGUGGCAUCGAUGAUGGAGAGAAUAAGAAAAGAGAUGAUACUGAUGGAGAGAGGGCUGCACAGUCCUGUCGCGGGGAAGAGGCUGGCGGACGCGCCGGGGAAUUCCGUCCUGGAGGCCCUGGAAAACUCGCAGCACGGCGGGCGGCUCAGCCCUAAAAUAACUUCUGCCUCUCUUCAUGGGAAUCUCGGGGACAUCCCGACGAAAAGCAAGUUUGAGAUCGACAGCCUUUUCGGGACGCACCACAACAGCGAGAACACGUCUUCCGCGGAUAUUUCCUCUUCGGAAAGCAGGAAGAAAAUGAGUCUUUACUCCGAAGUUUCCCAAGAAUCUGAUAUUAACAGCGACGUGGAGGUGGGAUGCCCCGCGCACCGCUCCCCGAGCCAACACAAGGAAAACAACAAAGGUUUUUCAGACAGUAAUUCUGCUUCCUCCAACGCGAGCUCCAACUCCCUCUCCAACAUGAACGGGCACUCAACGGGAGGAUCAAACAACUCCAACUCCGACCAGGUCAGGAGGUAUCGGACUGCUUUCACUCGGGAACAAAUCGGACGUCUGGAAAAGGAAUUUUACAGGGAAAAUUACGUUUCCAGGCCGAGAAGAUGUGAACUAGCCGCAGCGCUAAAUCUGCCCGAAACUACUAUUAAGGUGUGGUUCCAGAACCGGAGGAUGAAAGAUAAAAGGCAGCGUUUGGCGAUGUCCUGGCCCCAUCCAGCAGACCCCAGCUUCUACACCUACAUGAUGACGCACGCGGCCGCCACAGGAAGUCUCCCCUAUCCGUUCCACUCGCACAUGCCUCUUCACUACUACCCGCACGUCGGUGUCACGGCUGCAGCAGCGGCCGCCGCCGCCUCCGGAGCCGCCUCGUCCCCCUUCGCCACCUCCAUCCGCCCCCUCGACACCUUCCGAGCCCUCUCCCAUCCCUACUCCCGACCAGAGCUCCUGUGCAGCUUCAGACACCCGGGACUGUACCAAUCACCCGCGGGGCUGAAUAGCUCCGCGGCAGCGUCUGCGGCAGCCGCGGCUGCCGCUGCGGCGGCAGCGGUCAGCGCCCCGUCGGCCUCCGGGCCCUGCUCGUGUCUCAGCUGCCACAGCAGCCAGGCGGCCAGUGCGCUGGGCUCCAGGAGCGCCAGCGCUGACUUUACCUGCACGGCGUCCGCGCAAAGAUCCGAGAGUGGAUUUCUGCCGUAUUCCGCUGCUGUUCUCAGCAAGACGUCAGUCCCAUCACCAGACCAGCGAGAGGAACCCUCACUCAACAGAUAACUCAGCACACACAGCGCGUCCUUUCCAGGGGAAGGCCCGUUUUAGAUGCGUCAAACACACUUUAAGGUUCAUUUUUGAUCAGAAAGACUCUUUUUAACAAAAGAAAUACAAGAGGGUGAACUUUUCUAAAGGCGUGUGCACUGUGUCGUGCUGUAAAACACUUUUUUAUUUAUUUAUUUGAUUCCUACAUCUCAAUCAAUGUGAACAAACUGUGAGUCACUUCAGUUUUACUGCGGUAAUAAUGUUUUAUUUUUUCCAAAUUCAGUUGAAGUUCUGCGCUUUUUUUUGGGUCCAGUAUCUUUCUUCACUAAAGGCCUAAUAGAGUGAGAAUUUGGCAGAAAUAGCCUGUCCCACCACCUCCUCCCCCAUAACACCAUGUCUCUGCUCUGUGGGGACGCCCCUAAUCAGCUCAGAAGGUGCACAUAUACUUUCCACACCGCCUCUUUUUGUGUCAAUUUUUAUGUUAAUAAUGAGAGGAUCAUGACAAAAAUUGCCAAUCAUGUACCUUAGAUGGAGCUCCUUUUGAAUACAUGACUGUAAGAAAGUUCCUCGUUUUGAGACCCGCUGUCAAGUGCUAACAACCCGCGGAGGGAAGUCAUUAGACAUACAAAAGAGCUGGAACAAAGCGACACUCACACGGCGCGAGGACGGAGGCUGACACGUGGAGGCUGCAAAAUAUUACAUAUGAAGUAGCCUUCCAAGAGCCCUGGUUUUUUGUCCCCAUUUUCUGAUAAUAGGAAGAAAAAAAUUUGGAUCCACACAGCAGGCUGUUACAUUCCCGAACCAAAAUGACACCAAUCCAGUAUUUUCAUGAGGAUUUAAUUCCUGUAGGACCACAUUGGAAAAGGUUCAGAGGAAAUUUAAAUCUGUUUAAAUACAGUAAAAGGUACAUUAUUAUUAUUAUUAUUAUUAUUAUUAUUAUUAUUAUUAUUAUUAUUAUUAUUAUUAUUAUUAUUAUUAUUAUUAUUAUUAAAUUAAUUUCGCUAUUUUGGGGGCAUCACGAAUAUGUUAAUUCUAAAACAUGUCAACUGUAAACAUGUUUUUGCAAAUAUCACAAAUUAUUGAUGUGAUGAAGAAAUGGAAAAAACGCACAGUGAGAUGUAAACGGUAGUCAGUUUUUACAAGCAAUUUUUUAUUUGAUUUUAUUUAAUGUGACUUGAUGAAUGUUUUGAUUGUUUAAACACUGGAUGUGUUUUUGCCACUUUUACGCAGCAACUGGCUUGAAAAUUCACCAAUAAUCUCACAUAUUUGAAAAAAUAAAAUUGGUAACUUUAAAAAAUACUAUUUCAAAGGAAAAAUUUAUGGAUUUUUUUUGUUAUUAUUUAGAAAAAGCACCGGCAUUUCCCCCUAUAUUAUAGGGUCUCUGUUAUAACUCUAUAUGUGUAUUUAAAAUAUCAAUGACUGUAUGAAUUCAAAUAUUUUAACUUGAACAACAACAACAACAACAAAAAAGAUAUGUGCAAUAUGAAAUGUAAAUCAUGUUAUUUAUUGAUCGUGUUUGUUCUUGGACAAUAAAUAAAAAAAAACAUCUUUACAC